AUGGUUUCCGCUACACCUGCUAUCGCGAAGCUCAAAGAUGUGGAGCUUAUGGCUCGAGAUUUCAUCAAGGGGAAAGUCAGAAUAAACAAUGAAGUUUACAAAACAAGAUCGUAUUUCCUCCUAUUGUCCAUAGAACCCAUCCCGAGAUUUAGCGACACGGUGAGUUUUUACGUUACAGACUUCACGUCGCACUCUCAAUGCUGUCGCGAGGAUAGACAUCAUGAGAGGUCGGAAGAAGCGCUCAACUUGAAUCUACGCAUGGACCAAGUUGUAAGGUUGAUUGUUCAUGAAGACCAUUUGGACACAUUGAGUGACCAGUACCAAGCAGCUUUCGAUGGCUGCAAAUUGAAUUUGAAAAAGAUGUGGCAAGGUAAUCGUAAACAAGGACUCAAUGUUGAAGACAAGGUCAUCAUCUUUGGCGUCACAUGCCAGUGGAGGAGUUUUGAAAACAAACUCGAACCUUAUACAUUUGAUUUCAAUAUCGUUGAAUACGACGAGUUGCAAGAGAAGAAGCAGCAAGUUACAGGCGACUUGUACAGGAAUAUCUUGAAGCAGACCAAGUUUGUGCAGUUAAAUGCAGAGUUGAUAAAUAAGGUGAUACCAAAGGACUUUGUAAAGUCACCUUCGAUAGCCACUUCUGCUCCAUCAAUCAAAACGGCACCACCUCAAGCGAUCCCGGGAUUGAAAAUUAGGAGCAAGUACCACAAUAACCAGUUGUCAGCUCCAGCAACCGGCAAUGCCGUGGAACCUGCAAGACAGGAUGUUAGCACAUCCAUUACAAAUAAACCAGACACUACGCUGCUGAGCAAAAAGGCGGCACAGGAGUUUUUCAUUUCCUCCGAUUCCAGCAUUCCCGAAUUGUCCUCCUACGAUGAAGAUUCACAAUCAAGAUACCUGGAUCCUUUGGUUGAGCCAGAGAAGCAAGUGGGAGACGUAGGUGAUAAUGUUGGUGCGGAGGUGGAACUAAUCAAAGAUCUGAUAGCGACGCCACCAGCUAGGAAACAGUCUUUAACUGGAAUUGAAAACAAAAACAACAAUAAGAGGAAGAAGAAGAAGAAGGACUGGGAUCAUCAUAAUUUAUCACCACCAAAAACCAGUCCACUUGGCUCAAGUCCGAAUACCGUUUCCCUGAAAAUAACACCCCAGAAACGGAAACUCGAGGAAACUCUCAACGACUCCCGCCUGCCAAUAAAACCAGGUUUCCAUUCAAUACGACAACUCCGGGAUAUGACCAUGGAGAAGGAUGACAAGAUCUAUAAAACAACGUGCAAAAUUGUCGGCACAGUCCCCAACAAUUGGUCGCUCUUGUGCGGCGAGGCCUUUGACGACAAGCAUUGUCUGAAAUCUUCAGGGACAAAUAAAAUAAUCAUGCAUGAGCUUGAGAUCAUAUUAGCCGACGUCAACAUGGAAGUUGAUAAAGAUAAUAUCAUAAAUGACAAGGACGUCUUGUCGGUAUAUUUGAACGGAUGGGAUAUAUUGAAGUUCUUGCACUUGAAAAAUGUCGAUGAAGCAUACGUCAACAUUGGCAAACUACAAAAGCAAUUGGAUACGCAGGGUUUAAUCACAGCACAAGGCAAACCAUUGGAGUUGGAUUUGGACCUUUUCAAAGUCAGAAGAAAGAUCGGCAACGAUCUGCAACAUCAGGUUAUUUGGAAGGCAAACAUUGCAGUUUGA